CUGUGGCUUGACAUGGUUGGACAGAUCCUGGCUUCACAUCACGCAGCCAGUCCGAUGUUAUCACCUGGAGCGCGGCAGUGAACGCUGCGCUCCUCCCCGACUCUUCUCCUGGGUCUCCUCGCUGUCUCCCGCCGCAGACAUGACUUCGUUCCUGGGGUGGCUCUCGGCUCUGGUGGCGGGCGUUUUUUCCGCUCAUGUUUUGCAGAAACUCUGCUUCCCGUUCUUUUGGAGGGACCUCGUGUUUCUGCUGAGGGUGAUCAGGUACGGCGUCAGGCUGGAGCUGUUCAAGCUGACAUCCAGCGUGUGCACGGUCCUGGACAGGUUCACCCAGCAGGCGCAGCGGAUCCCCAACAAGCCGUUCGUCAUCUACGAUGGAGGUGUCCACACCUACCGGGACGUCGAACAACGCAGCAACAGGCUGGCCAACGUUUUCCUCGAGAAAGUGCACUUGAGGAAAGGAGACUGUGUCGCCUUGCUCAUGAGUAACGAGCCCGACUUUCUGUGCGUUUGGUUCGGGUUGGCGAAGGUUGGCUGCUCGGUGGCUUUUCUCAACACCAAUAUCAAGUCCAAGUCCCUCAUACACUGCUUUAACUGCUGUGGAGCCAAAACUCUCAUUGUUGGUUCAGAUUUAGCGGAAUGUCUUGAUGGCGUCCUAACCAGCCUGUUGGAAGACAACAUUCAGGUGUGGACCAUGAAGAGCCAGAGUGAGCACACACACAUGCACACCUUGUUGGAUAAGCUUGAUGCUGCAUCUGACCAGCCUGUACCAGCAGCAUUGCAUGCCACCACCUCCCUGAAAUCUCCCACCCUCUACAUCUUCACUUCUGGAACAACUGGGCUCCCAAAGGCUGCAGUGAUCACUCACCUUCAGAGCUUAAAAGCAGCAGCAGGUCUUUGGGCAUUUGGGGCAACUGAAGAUGAUGUCGUUUACAUCCCGCUGCCUCUAUACCACAGUGCAGCAUCCCUGAUUGGUAUAGGAGGAACCAUACACUUAGGUGCAACCUGCAUCUUAAAGAAGAAAUUCUCAGCUUCCCAGUUCUGGAAUGAUUGCAGAACACAUAAUGUGACUAUUUUCCAGUAUAUUGGUGAACUCUGCAGAUACCUCUGCAACCAGCCUAAGACAGAGGUGGAUAAAGUCCAUAAGGUGCGGAUGGGAGUCGGUAAUGGGCUGCGGCAGGAUGUGUGGCGGGAGUUCCAUAGUCGCUUUGGGAACAUUAAAAUGUGUGAGGUGUAUGGCUCCACUGAGGGAAACCUGUGCUUCAUGAACCACAUUGGCAAGAUUGGAACUGUGGGUCGCUCCAACUUCUUCUACAGGCUCCUGUUCAAGUAUGAUCUGGUGAAGUAUGACAUGGUGAAAGAUGAACCGGUGAGAGAUCAGUAUGGUUUCUGUCAACCAGUGCAAAAGGGUGAGACAGGGCUUUUAUUGUCUCGGGUGGGCAUCCUCAGCCCAUUCUUUGGCUAUGCUGGAAGCAAGCAUCUGACAGAGAAGAAGUUGAUGAGGAAUGUGUUUGUGAAGGGUGACACCUACUUUAACACAGGCGACCUCAUGGCUGAAGACCAGGGAGGCUUCAUCUGCUUCAGAGACAGAGUGGGAGACACUUUCAGGUGGAAGGGGGAAAAUGUCGCAACGACAGAGGUAAUGGAGACUCUUGGAUUAGUGGAUUUUAUUCAAGAAGUCAAUGUGUAUGGAGUGGAAAUACCAGGACAUGAGGGCAGAGCAGGAAUGGCGGCUAUAAUUCUAAGACCAGGCCUCGUGUUCGAUGGGAAGAAGCUAUUUGAGCAUGCAAUGAGGGAUCUGCCAGCGUAUGCUCGUCCACUCUUCAUAAGGCUUCAGGAGGUCAUGGAAAUGACGAGCACCUUCAAGCAGCAGAAGUUCCAGCUGGUGCAGAGUGGCUUUAACCCCUCAACAAUCUCUGAUCCUCUCUUUGUGUUGGACUACCAGCAGAAGAGCUACAUUCCUCUAACAGACCUGAUUUACCAGAGCAUCAUCACUGGAGAGCGCAAGUUGUAGAACUCACAAUUAUGAGUGUUGUGACACGACCCAAAACAGUGCACCACAAGGAUAGAAAUGAGAUCUGCUUAUUUCAGUAUUUUACAUUUAAUAGAAACCAGUGAGCUAGCUUCUAUGGUCAAGAAAGAAAGAAAGAAGCUUCUGGUGAAUAAUAUGAAUCUGAAUGUAUCACUGUGAAACACCUACCUACUGAUUUAACUUUAAUUUAUCCCUUAGCACACAUCUCAAAUAACAUCUGAGAGCAGGUGUUUUUUGUUUGUUUGUUUUUAGAUAACUGCAAUUCUUUCAUUUGUCCAAUUAUUUGACAAAGAUGAAACACAAUACCAUAAUGCAACUUCUUUAAAGCCCUUAAUUAGCAAAUUCAUGAGAGUUUAAUGGUUACAUGGUUUGGGAUUUUAGUUUAAGUUUGGCAUUUUAAACAUUUUCAGCUAAAACUUAACACUUUAAAGAACUGGAAAAAUUGACGAAUAAGUAAUAGAACUUUCAUAUAAAAAAGUAAUAUUUAAUUGUUUUUCUGAGUGUUUCAUAGGGUAACAAACUGAAGAUAAUAACUGAUGAUAAUCAGUUGCCCUCAAUUUGUUUUUAAGUGAUCACGCAACACAUUGAAACUGCCCAAAUAUCAAAAAGUUCUCUUGGAAUUUACACCUUCAGCAAGCCUCAGUUUUUGACUAAAAGUGAAAAUCAUAGCUUUUGUUUAAAAUGUGGGGUCAUUUGAUGAAGAAAUUAUUGAAUUGUAAUAUUUGAAGAGUAGCUAAUGGAUUAUCUCCAUGGUUGAUGAGCUGUUUUAGAGGUGAAACGCCCCUGAAAGUGACCAAAUCGCAUGAAAGUCAUCCCAUUACUCCCUGAAACAAUUAAGACCCUUUGAAGGUAUAAUUUAAGAAAGGGUUUUCAUGUUAUGUGGUCAUCCACGAUUCCAUUAAAAUCUCAUUAAAGUGCCUUAAUAACACUGGUAUGGAUGGGUGAUUUCUUAAAAUAUUUAUCCAACAAGACAAUCAGACUUUAGUCCACCCAUUCUGCAAGAAUUUAUUUUCUACCAUAUUGUAAUUUCCCACACCACUCUAUUAACUGUAGACACUACAUAUGUGUUUAACUCAUUAUAUUUAUGAAUCAACAAUUAUAUAUGUGAGAGAUUUUCCCAGGGAAAACCUAAAAGUGCCUUGUAUUUUGAAAUUUAGCCAUAACAAUAUUUUUUUCCAGUCAUGGUUUUUAAUGCUGUGAAGUUCUGAUUCCAUAAUGAUGAUUCAUUCAUUUAUGUUAUUCUUUAAUUUUUUUUUUUUUUUUAAAACAAAAUUUUAUAAGUGCUGCUAAAUUUCUUCACAGACAUUCAGGUGUGGAAGCAGUCUCAGGGCCAAUUAACAUGCUUACUGUUGGGUAAUUUAUUAGCUCUAAAGAUCUUGGUUGUACCUUCCAAGGAGAGAAGUGGGAUUUUAAACCAUCAGCCGUAAUAAGCUUGCCUUUUCCAUGCACACACACAUUCAAAUAUUACUUUGAGCUAUCAGUUUCAAUCAGUAUUAAUAAAAAUUUUACUGAAAGAGUACCUCAUCAAGAGAAGAAUAUGACAGUAUAAUUGGUUAAAAUUCACCGUGAACAUGAAUCGUUAUACAUUCUUUCUUUUUUCUAAAUUUUAUAGAAAUUCUUUGACUAACAGUGUACAACAGAAGUGAGUGCAAUCCUAGCAAAUAUGGUUUCAGUGUCAAAUGAUUCUAAAUUGUAUCACCUCUCAGUAAUUGCUGUAUGUUGAACAGUAGUGUAUUUGCUCCCAUGAUAAAAUAAAUAAAUAAAAACUAACAGUUUAAAUUUUCUGUUUUAAACAUACAAACCCCACAGUAGGAAGUCAAUGAAAUAGUCAAACGCAAAUCUUUCAUUUUUCUAAUGUCCGCCUUUAUUUUUGAAGACACGCUCAGUCCUUCUUGGCAUGAAAGAUACCAAAUUUCCAGAGAAAUGUUUUACCAUUAUUCAGAGACUUUUUUCAGUUGCUCUCUGGAGGGCUUGUGUUGCUCUACCUUUCUCUUGAAAAUACGCAGAGUGUGUUCUACUGGAUACAAAUCAAGCAACAUACUUAACCAGGCCAUUGUUUUCACUUUUUUUUUUAAAUUUAGAAAGUCUUUUAUGAUUUGUGGGAGUGUGCUUUGGAUCUGCAGAUGUCAUCUUGUCCAUCAGUAUUUUGGUUUAACCACAGACAUUCACGGGGCCAUCUAUAAAUCUGAUCUUCCCAACAUCUUUUGCACUUACGAAGGCCCAUCUGAUCACCUUGUAAGGUAAAUGUUUGCUCAAAUGGAUUUCAGAUACUUGUGCAGAAUUAUUACACAACAUAACCGAUAUUCAACCACCGAAAUAUUUACAUUAGAUUGCUGUAACCAUGCAGCACAUGGAGCACCUUUUGUUGCCCUGCAAGAAGAGCUUCAGGAAUGACCAGGGAAAUUAUUUACAAGGAAGGUUAUUAACAAAAGCUACAAAAUAACGACUAACUACGACACAACAAUAUCACACAUUAGGACAACACAAAACAAACAAUGCGGUGAAUGUGAGUGAAGUAAAUGGAAGAGAACACAACAUUAUGAUACAAUGUUGGGUCAAGAUUAUGUUGAAAUGUGGUGUUCUGAGAUGAAGGGAUGAAUAGACCACACCUGAAAGCAGCAGCUGACUUAAUGCUAGUCUAAUUUGGAAACUUGUAGGAAUUUACAUUUGAGAAUACAAGAGAAUUUUAAAGGUUGCUCCACAUUUCAGUGACUGAAGGUUACUUGGGUGCAUGUAAUGAUGCUGCUGCUUUGCUUCUGCUGAUGGAUGGUCAGGUUGGCCUGUGGAUGUGGGUUGGAACAACGGUGGACAGAGUGGAGCCUCUGAGUCGGUCUUCAAGAGUUUAAGAAGGAUUUAGGUCGAACUCUUGGGAGGGAUUCGAGAAACGGGGACUCUGAGGAAAGACGACCCAUAGAAAGGAGAAACCAUAGUGAUGGUUUUUUAAAAGGGACUUUUGCAUAUCAUUAACUCAGGAGGGGAUCUGACACGACCUCCAUCAGGGAGGGCUGGUGUCCAGACAUCCAAGAUAUUAAGAUAUUUUCUGAAGGGUUAUGUAAAUUCCAAAUAGUUUAAAAUGGUAGUGCGUCAUUCACAGAUGUGUACUCUUGGUAGGUAGAGGUUAAACACAUAUAUGACAGGAGACAUUAUUAAACCCUCUAGUUUGUCACGUGACUUACACAUAAACAACACAUUUAAAGACAGGGCAUGGUGUAAUGGUGAUCCUGAUGAUGAGGUUCUUGAAAUCAAUGUUCAGUAGCUCUGUUAAAUGAGUGUACGUAAAGAAUGCUUCAGUCCAAAAUAAAGGAAUAAAUGUC